GCAAUAGCGCGCGAUUCUUGUUUUCUUGUGUAUUUACUUUAGAUUAAGUAAAAUUAUACGUGUAAAUUUAUAAAGGACGAUGACCGAAAGCGAGCAUUAUCCGGAUAUCGACAUAUCAGACGUUAUCGACGACACCGAACAGUAUGCGGACACGGAACAAUACAUUGAUACUGAAAUUAACUCCGAACCCAUCGAAAGUGAGAUUCUGCAAGAAUCCGAGCUAGUCAGCUCUGAAGAACAUGUGGAAAAGAAGCCACAGAGUGCAAAGAGCGAGGUUGUGAAGGCCACAAGAUUACCUAUAGCGAGGAUUAAGAAUAUAAUGAAGCAAGAUCCAGACGUAAGCGUCAUCAGUGCUGAUGCUGCGUUCUUAGUUACGAAAGCAACGGAGUUAUUUCUAGAAACAAUAGUCAAAGAAACAUACAACACAUCAACUAAGAAGAAAAAGAUAAUUACCAAAAAGGAUUUAGACUAUGUUAUAAAUAUGGUGGACUGCUUGUGCUUCUUAGAGGGUGCUAUGGAUUUCUAAUAUCAGUCUAUGACUUGUUAUAGUCAAUAAUGUUAACUGUACCUUAUCGUUUGCGAGGAAUGUAAAACUAGAAUACUGUAACUAAUUGUUAAAAAUAAUUAAGGAUUAAAUUAAAUCAAACUACAA